AAUUUUUGGAUGUAAAAAUUCAAGUUGUGUGCAGUACAAAUGAAGUUUGCUCAUCAAUUGGACCGUAUCGUAGCAGAGUCUGACGAAGACUAUGCAAAGCAAUAUGUGUCUUAUAGAAACCUCAAGAAGGACUUGAGACGUAAAAACAGGCACUUGAAAAAGCUGUUCUCUCAGCAGUCGUUCGUGACAGAGGGAGACUUGUCCAAUUCUUCUGUAGUUCCUUUCCCUACGAAAGGAAAAGUCGAAAGCUCAAAAAUACUUGAAAACAAUGGAAGACACUUUAUGUCACCUUUUCAUAUGGCAACAGAAGUUAAUAGCGAAUUGACAACCAAUCAUUCCCAGGAAAGGUUUUCUGGGCCGGAAAAAGCUUUGUCUUCACAAGUUUCUGGGGACGUUACAGAAGACAACAUUGAAGAAAUCAUCCGCGACCAGAAGAAAAAUAUUUUGGCUGAGGAAGAGUUUGCUACAAAUAUUGUCUAUAUCGACCCUAAGGAUGCUGCGUUCUUUCAUCAUUUGGACGAAGAAUUAGAAAAAGUAAACCGUUUUUUUCUUCCAAGGGCAAAAGCUCUUCUUGAACGCUAUGAAUAUUUAGAGAAACAGGAGUCCAAGUUGAAGCUUUUCUCUUCUUUCAAGACGCUUAAGGAAAAAUUGUUCCCUAUUCGAACCCAAAAGGUAAAAGAAGCUUCAGAAGGAAGACUUGAGAGUUCUUCCAAUUCCAAAAGUUCUAAUGGUUUCGAUUGUGCUAGAAACAGUUCUAAUGCCGAGAGCACAUCAUUUGGUUCUUCAUCAACUUCUUUGAACAGGAAUGAGAAAGAUAAUUUUGCCUAUAUUGAUAAGCUCAAUUCAACUGUUGAAGUUUACAAAGAGGCAUUACGAUUGCUACAGUAUGUGAAUGUGAAUAUCACAGCGUUUCGAAAGAUUCUGAAGAAGCACGACAAAUUGUGUGAAUUGUCGGUUGGGAAACAAUAUCUACGUUUGAAAGUAGAGUCACAACCGUUUGUACAUUCAGCGUUGGCAAAGACUUUGGAAGAAUUGGGCUAUCGAGGCUCUAUUAUUGUUUCUUUGGUUAGGAAACGUCCUUCGGAGUUGUCUAAUAUGGAAGAAUAUCAUUGUCCUAUUUGUCUUUCUCUUUUAUACAAGCCUAUGGCACUUCCUUGUGGUCAUCGGUUUUGUGGAAAAUGUAUAAGUCGUGCUAUUUUACUUGACUUUCAUUGUCCAGUUUGUCGACACGAUUAUUCUAGUGGAGUUCGUCUCGAAAGGAAGAAAUCUUUGGAGCGUUUUCUGAGAGAGUCAUUUCCAGAUGCCUGGCAAAAGAGAAAGGAGGAAGUUCUACAAGAUGAGAAAGACCGCGAGAGGAUAUUGGCAAAUACUCAACAAAACAAUCGACCGCGCGCAACAUUAUUUGAUCCAAGACAUGACACGAAUAAUCACGAUCGUGAAUAUCUAGAUACUUGCAGAGUAUCAUGAUUAUUUUAAUGGUAUACAUGACUGGCAUCUAUUGAUGAAUAUAAUGAAAGAAAGAUACGAAAUACAAUUUAUGUUCCAAACUAUUCUUUUGUUAAAGUUAUUUUGAACUUGUCC